AUGUUAUUACUCUCUAUUGGAUUCAUGUUUAGCGCAUCUCGCAGGGAAACGUCUAUUGUAGAUGAUCUGGUAGAUGGUUUGGUAGAUGGUCUGGUAGAUGUAUACUAUCAAACUAUGCAGUUGGUACAAACUAGAACUAGUCAUGAUGAGGAAAUUGUUGUACUUGUUACUGCCCUGGAUUCUCAAUUCAGUGAUUUCGUCAAUGUGGAGUUUGAUGAUAAGGAAAAAAUGAUAAGAGAACAAUAUGAUGAAUUCAUUAGUAGGAUAAAUCAAAUGGAUGUACAACCAGUGACUGGUGCCAUUAGUGAGUAUGAAAACAAUAUGUUACCAAUUAGUGCAAAUUACUCAUCACUAGAUGAUGUUGAAGCGAAACACAGCGAGUUGUCUAGUAGUCUAGACAAAUUAAAGAAAGCAUGCGACAUGUUACAUACCCAAAGAAAGGAAUUGCUGAAGUGUUGUCACUACUUCAAAAUGGCGAAAUUUCUUUACAGAAUGUGUCAAGCGCUAGAUGACCCUAUUGAUGACUUUGAUGGGGAUAUUUCUUUAGAAAUAGAACAAUUCUAUUUUAGUGAUGACGAGGUGUCAUGCGAUGAACAUCUAAUUAAUAUCUUCAAAGAAGCUAGCGAGAAAGCAUGCGAACUCGUUAAUAUGAGUGGAAUAAUACAGGAUCUUUUACAGAAAAGAUACGCACUGAUCCAAGACUGUAUUUUAUCAACCAAGACGCUCAAUUAA